GAAACAAAAAAUCAACAUCAAGAUGCGUGCCUUUAUCGUUAUGUGCCUGGUUGCAGUCGCCUGCGCCGAUAAACUUGGCUACAACUACCAACCCGUAGGACACUCCAACUCUGGACUGUCGUUCGCUCCUGGCAGCGGAGUCACUGGAGGACUUAACGGCGGCUCUGGUGGUCUGACCGGUGGCUCCCUGGACGGACUUAGUGGCUUGGGAGGACUUGGUGGCGGCGAUUUGGGUUCCGGACUUACCAGCGGCAACAUCGGUGGUGGCCACAUCGGUGGUGGCAACAUCGGUGGUGGUUCCGGUCUGGGCAACCUCGGUGGUCUCGGCGGCCUCGGCGGCUCUCUGGACGCUCCAGUCUCCUAUAACGCCCCUGCCCCAGCUGCUGAAUUGGAAAAGGAAUUCUUCACCUUCACCGCCAACGAACAGGACUUCGAUGAGCCACAAUCUUUGGAGAAGGUGUCCAGCUCUUUGAACAAGGCUCUGCGCGUUGUCUUCAUCAAGGGACCCGAGAACCGUGGCUUGGAGAACGCUGCUCUGGCUCUGGCCAAACAGGCUGCCCAGCAGGAGACCGCCAUCUAUGUCCUGAACAAGCAGGCCGAUAUCGGAGAUCUGGCCAACAAACUGAACGCCAUCCGCAGCAACACGAACAACAAGCCCGAGGUGCACUUCGUCAAGUACCGCACUCCCGAGGAUGCUGCCAAUGCUCAGCGUGCCAUCCAAGGACAAUACGAUCAGUUGGGAGGUUCAUCCCAGGCUCAUGAUGGAGGUGUUGCCCCCGCCUUGAACUUCGCUUCCCAGGGUCCAGUUCGUCAGGCUACUGCCCAGUCUCCCGACAACUCAUACCUGCCCACUUCGGUCUUCCGUCGUUUCCGUCUUUAAACUGUUUCCUGGAUAUAUAUAUUUAGUCUAAGUUUAUGUUGACGAAAACAUCGAUCUGUAUUGUUACCUAUUGUUGAUUAAUGCAUAAUUCCCAAUUUGAAGUUGAAAUAAUAAUGUUAUAACGAAAAUUAA